GGGGCGCGGGCCGAGGGCCGCGGGGUGCAGCUCCUGGAGGAAGCGUUAGGCCGGGACGCGGGGAUUUGGGGCGGUGCUGGGGGCGGCAGCGCGCCGCUCACACUCAUGAGGAGCCGGAAGCUCACAGGUGCAGUGCGGUCCUCAGCGCGCCUCCGAGCCCGCCGUUGCUCAGCCAGGUUGGCCUCUGCUCGGGAAGCCGGCACCGCCACGUCUGCCAGGACGGUAUGUCAGACCUCGUCACACAAAGCUGCCGACAGGCGAACUUCCAAGAAGUUCAAGUAUGACAAAGGUCAUCUCGUGAAGGCAGAAUUACAGAAACUUGUCCCUAAGAGCGACAGUGCUGCUUUGCCCAAAAUACCACCCGAGAGCCCUUGUAACAAUGAGCCUCUGGGGUUUGCUGAAGACCACGUGCCGCCUGCAGGAAAGGGAGCUGGUGCUCCCACACAGCCGGAGACCGCGGGGCCCCCCCUCGGGCCCCGCACAGCUGUGGGUGACCCUGGCCCGGCAGAGACUGAAGACGGCCUGUGCCUGCCCGCCCCCGGGGCUCUUACAGGGGAGGAGCCGCACGGCAGCCGCGCCGCGCGGGGCGGCUCAGCGCUGCAGGGGGAGCAGGCCCCGAGGCCCCCGCUGCAGACAGAUGACAGUGUCUUUCUGGACGAGGACAGCAACCAGCCGAUGCCGGUGGGCCGGUUCUUCGGGAACGUGGAGCUCAUGCAGGACCUUCCACCGGCGUCUUCGUCUUGUCCUUCGAUGAGCAGGCGAGAAUUCAGGAAAAUGCAUUUCAGAGCCAAAGAUGAUGAAGAUGACGAUGACGGCGCAGAAAUGUAGAGAAUAAAGUACGUGGUGAUUUCCUUGCAUAUUUAAUACAGUUAAUAGUUUGACAGUUUAGCAAGUGACGAGAUUUAUAUCAAGUUAUCUCCCAAAAAAAUGUAUUCUGAACCAGACGUUGGAACAGACCCAGGAAAGUCCUCUUGCACAACACCAAGUACCUGGAGCGUUGACACUCGCUCCCCAGAACCAUCUCUGAGUCUGCGCAGCCGCUGCUACACGCACAUGCAUUUUCCUGUGUCUGUGUGUCCAUGAUGACGGUUUGAGUCCCCCGAGGGGCGCGGGGUUCAGUGGGAGAGACCUUUCUGAAGAAAACUCCUCACUUAAGCCAUUUGGUUUUGAUAAUACACGAGUUUAUUUUCCAUUAUCAAAAUUUGAUCAUUCUUGUGAUUGAGUCAAUGCCAGUUCUUAAAGAACUCUCCUUUAUUUCUGUAUAUGAAGCUAAUGUUUACCUUGAAAAUUUUGCAAAGUACAUAUGAGAAAGAAAUAAAAUAUAUUUUGAAAAUAUUCUUAAA